CUUCAUUUACACAAAAUCUUUAGGGUUUUGGCACUCCGACUGAUUGAAUCCAUCAUCCACUGGCAUCGCUAUUUAACCCGAGGUUAUUAUGCGAGCUAGCCAUCCAGAACGAAGCUCUCAGUUCUAAGAGUUCAUUCUGAUAUACUUGUGAGUUAACCUUCAAACCUCAAAUUUUUGUUUGUUUCUGUUUUUAAAUUUUUAGUAGUCUCAAACCGACACGAUGAUCGAACAUCUUGAAGAAUUAAUCUUAGAAAUACUCAUCAGACUACCCGUCAAAUCCCUUGUUCGUUUUAGAUGUGUGUCAAAGUCGUGGUGCGCUUGGAUCGACAGCCAACAUUUCAUCAGCUUACAUCUUCAACACUCCAUUAAUACCCAAACAAACCUUCAUGUUAUUCUCUCCGAUUGUGAAAAUAAAACAGAUCACUACUCGCUAGCUUUUGAUGAAGUGUUCGAUGAACCCUUAACUAAAUUCAACAACGUAUUUACAUCUGAUAAGGGUUACAAGAUUGUUGGUUCCUGCAAUGGGUUGCUCUGUCUUUCCUAUUCAAUUCCUAAGAAUGAGAGACUUAUUUUAUGGAAUCCAUUUACUAGGAGGUAUAAGAAGUUACCCACUGCACGUGUCAGCAAGCUUCGCCUUUCCCCAGCUUAUCGCUAUGGAUUUGGAUAUGAUGAUGUCAGCAAUGACUAUAAGGUUUUGAAAUUAAUUCCAUCAUAUGGCUUGAAAUCUUAUAGGCAUAUUGGCAAUGAAGCAGAAGUGUACAGUCUAAGAUUGAAUUCAUGGAAGAGGGUUGAAAACUUCCCUUAUAGUGAAUUUAAGUUUUUGCGUAGUGCUUGUUUUGUAAAUGGUUCAUUAUAUUGGUUAGUGUAUUUUGAAUCAUAUAGGAUGGAGGCUCGAGAUUUCGAAUCCCCUUGGUUAAUUGUUGCUUUUAGUCUUGAGGAUGAAGAAUUUCGUGAGCUGCCACUUCCCAGUACUUCAAAUAAGGAUGAUGAUUUAAAGUAUCUGGGAGUGGGAGAAUCGUAUGAUUUUGAUUUGGCAGUUUUGGAUGGGUGCCUAUGUUUUCUUAAGAUAUAUGAUUCUAAUGCUGUUGAGGUGUGGGUGAUGAAACAAUAUGGACAGGAGGAGUUCUGGUCUAGAUUGCAUUUGCUUAUACCUGAAGGUUUUUAUGAUUUGGAUGAACCUGGCUUUGUUAAAUCUUUAGCAUAUUCGAAGAACGGUGAAAAACUUCUACUGGAAACACAACAAAAGGCUCUCAUUUGGUAUGACUUGAAGAAGAGUGAUAACAAGGUAUACACUUUUCCGGAUGUGCUUCCAUAUUUUGAUGCUAAUAUGUGUUUCGAAAGUCUCGUCUCACUUGGUGAUGGUAGCAAAUAUGAUGGAUCUGUAUAAAGUGCCUAAGGAAAAGGAGAAAAGGUUAAUGUCAGAGUGAUCAAGUGAACAGGGCGGCCGAGGAAGUCAGAAAAAGGGAAGGGAGAAAGGAAUAUGGGUAAAGGGACAUUCACAUAUAUUCCAUACUCUGUUUUCUUGAGCAUUAUAUCAGGUUUAUGUUGGCUAGUUUUCAACAAUCAUGUAAAAAGACUUAUUUCUGGGUCUGUUUUGUAUAGUGUUUAAGUGCUUUUACAAAUGAUUGGCAUGGAUAAUUCUUACAUUUCCAUUUCACUCUUCUUAGCCUGUUUUCUUUCACUUA